AUGGAGAUACAGUCCUACUAUGCCAAACUCUUGAGCGAGCUGAACGAGCAGCGGAAGCGGGACUUCUUUUGCGACUGCAGCAUCAUAGUGGAAGGGAGGAUUUUCAAGGCCCACAAGAACAUUCUCUUUGCCAACAGCGGCUACUUCCGAGCUUUGUUGAUCCACUACAUUCAGGACGGUGGCCGGCACAGCACAGCUUCCCUGGACAUUGUGACUUCGGAGGCCUUCUCCGUUAUCCUGGACUUCCUUUAUUCAGGUAAGCUGGAACUUUGUGGGGAAAAUGUGAUUGAGGUCAUGUCCGCGGCCAGCUACUUGCAGAUGACUGACGUGGUCAACUUCUGCAAGACGUACAUCCGGUCAUCGCUGGACAUCUGCAGGAAGAUCGAGCGAGAAGCUGCCUUCUACCAGGCAGACAGCGGGAGCUCUGCCAGCUCUGCCUGCCAAGGCCCAUCCUGCGGUGCCAAGUCCCAAUGCUCAGCCUCCACUUCCUCUCUGCAGGACAAGGAUGGCGCCCCAGACUGCCCACAAGGGCCUCCCCCCUGUGGGGACUGCAGCAGCUGCCAGCGUCAUCUGGAUCUCCUGGCCAGGGACCCUGCUGGCUGCGAGUCUCCGGAUGACACCAGCUCCUCCGCACCCAAGGUGAUCGAGCCAAAGGUCGAGUUUGAUGUGGACGAGGUGGAAGUUGGGGGACGGCUACAGCAGUAUCCCACUCCCUUGAUGAUCGAGCAGAUCGAAGAGGGGCUUCACGGGGGGCAGGCCAUGGACUUGGCAUGCAGCAGCUACCACAUGAAGCAGGUUCUCGAAGCCUUGCUACGCAACAGCGCCUCCCAAAGGAAAGACGAGAUGGUCCAUCCUUUUGUGCGUGGCUUUGAGGGCCGGCCAGAAGAUGCCGGUUUGCCCAUGAGCUCCAUGAUGGACCUUCAGAGUGACUGGUAUGGGGAGGACACAGGUGAUGUCCUUGUGGUGCCCAUCAAGUUGCACAAGUGCCCGUUUUGCCCCUACACGGCGAAGCAGAAGGGCAUCCUGAAGCGCCACAUCCGCUCCCACACUGGAGAGAGGCCCUACCCCUGCGAAGUCUGCGGCAAGCGCUUCACGCGCCAGGAGCACCUCCGGAGCCACGCCUUGAGUGUCCAUCGGUCCAACAAGCCCAUCAUCUGCAAAGGCUGCCGGCGGACAUUCACCAGCAGCCUGACUCAAGGCUUGCGUCGCUUUGGCCUGUGCGACAGUUGCACAUGUGUCACCACCACUCAUGAGGAUUCAGUGCCCAUCAACCUCAGCCUCAUGGAGCCUUCUUCCGAAGGGCCAGAAAAGGGUGACCCAGACAACGACUGGCCCAUCUACGUCGAAUCCGGGGAUGAAAACGAUCCUCCUGAAGAUGAGGAGGCUGACCCUGACCAUAAGCAGGGCCUCCAUGAAGAAGCAUUGAUGUAGCAGUCGAGGGAGGGAGGGUCUGGGCCACGGUUGGGAAUCCCUUUUCCUUACUAUGGAUGGGUCGACUCAUACAGUUACCCAGAAUUGCAUGAAGUUGGGUUCUUUUUAUAGAAACAGAAAUAAUUCUCUUUUGGUGACCACAGAUGGACUUGGUCAUUCCGAAAGGUCUUUUUCAGUCGUCGUUGCUGUGCACGACAUAUUUGGAAAGGAUUCCGCGUUCAAAAGUGGGAGCAACAGGGCUCCCAGCUGCAGUUUCGAUAGGUUGGGUGCAUUUUGCUGCUGGCCUCUUCUCUGCUUACUUGGUGCAGCUUCUCUUUUUCUUCCCUGCUGCUGCUGCUUUUUCCUUGAAGUACCAUUUGGAUCCAGAAAAGAUUUUUUUUGGGGGGGGACAAGCUUUCCUUCCUCCCUCCCUCCCUCCCUCCCUCGUCUGAUCUUUAAUUUGGAAAUGUAAACUCAGGGGUUGCCACAAAGAAGAGGGAGUCAAACUAUUUUCCAAGGCACCUGAGGAUAGAACAAGA